AGAGACAAUAGCAAAAGUAAGCACUACUCUUCGAUGUCAUAUUCUUUAAAUUGAUAUCUACUUUUUUUUGUGAUAUAAUAGAUAGCUGCAGAAGUCCUUUUUCCCCCUUAUUAUAUCAUUUUAUCAUCAGAAUUUGUAUAGACAAAAAUAAAAUAAAAUGUGGUGUAUGUUUAAAAUGUAACCUUAGAAGAAGUAUAAUGAACAAAUAUUUGUUGAUCUGAGAAACUUAAUUAUAUCAUGAUUUACUCGAUCUAGAGAUAUUAACACGUCUAUCUAAAUGUGGUGUACGUAAAAUCUUUAUGUCUUUGUUGUUGAUAUAGAUGUUUUCCUCAAUAUUGAACUUGACAUGUUAAGUAAUCGAAACUAUAUUUUGAUUGUUGUGAUGAUUAUUUGUUUUUUUUUCCUUUUUACUGUUCAAUUGUCAAUUAGUACGGAGUAGAUAUACACUUUAUAUUGAAAUAUAGUUUCAAAGUGGCACAAAAUUAACCACUACAAACGGUUAACGUUGGAUUCAUGCUAACACGGGCGAUACUUGUUUAGUAUUGUAAAUAGGAACCAUGAAAUUAGAAUUCCCUUCUUUUUUUUGAACUCACAUAUUUGGUGCUUAAUCAUUUAGGCUAAGAGGCAAGAUCAAGAUAUUGAUAUUUUGGCACGUGUAUUAUAUAGUUAUGCCCCCUACAAAUUAGCCCUGGCCCCUCGGCCUUGUAUCAUCGGACUUAUAUAUUUCCUUUAUCAAAGAAAAUGUAAUAGGCUCCUUAAUUAGUUUUCUUACUUAUUUUUCUUAAAAGUAUACAAGCUAUGAAUGCUUUCACAUUUUCCUUCACUUAUAAAUUAUUAUUACCAUACCCCAAAACUCUUCUUUUUUCUCCUAAUAGGAAAUCUUCAUAUGCAUCUCCACAAGCCAUUCCAAAAAAAUCAUCAUCUACACAACAUAAUAAACUUAAACCCCUAAAGAAAUCCUUAUUAGAGCCUUCAUUUCUAGAAGUUUUCUUGAAUGCAUGUGAUGAUUUCAUCGACACGUACAUCGAUCCUCCACGUCAUCCUUUUAUUGAUCCAGAAUGUGUUCUGUCUGACAACUUUGCUCCUGUUGACGAACUUCCUCCAACAGAAUGUGAGGUGGUAAAAGGCACCCUCCCACCGUGUCUCAACGGUGCUUACAUUAGAAAUGGCCCAAACCCACAAUAUUUUCCUCGUGGACCUUUCCAUUUCUUUGAUGGCGAUGGAAUGCUUCACUCUACUAAAAUUUCUCAAGGCAAAGCAAUAUUUUGUAGUCGUUAUGUCAAAACUUACAAAUACUUGGUAGAGAAAAAAGCAGGAUAUUCAGUCAUUCCUAAUGUCUUCUCCGACUUUAAUAGCCUUAUUGCCCUUGUGAUUCGCGGAGCAAUGUCUAUAACUCGAAUUAUAAUUGGUCAAUUCGAUCCAAGCAAUGGUUUUGGCCCCGCAAAUACUAGCUUGGCACUAUUUGGUGGCAAAUUAUUUGCUCUUUAUGAAUCCGAUAUUCCUUAUGCUAUAAAAUUGGCCCCAAAUGGUGAUAUCAUAACUAUUGGUAGUCACAAUUUUGAUGAAAAUCUUUCUAUAAAUAUGACAGCCCAUCCUAAAAUUGAUCCAAAUACUAAUGAGGUUUUUGCCUUUCGAUAUGAUCCAAUAUUAUUUCCAUACUUAACUUAUGUUCGAAUUCACCCUAACGGGGUCAAAAGUCAUGACCUACCAAUUUUCUCUAUGACACGUCCAUCAUUCGUUCAUGACUUUGCUAUUACAAAAAAUUAUGCCAUAUUUCCCGAUAUACAAAUUGAAAUGAACCUUUUAGGGCUCAUCACCGGUGGAGCACCGGUGGGUACCAACUCGAGAAAAGUACCUCGACUUGGGGUGAUUCCUCGUUACGCGAUAGAUGAGUCAGAAAUGAGGUGGUUUGAAGUACCAGGGUUCAAUAUGAUGCAUGCAAUAAAUGCGUGGGAAGAAGAUAAUGGUGAUACGAUAGUAGUGACUGCUCCUAAUAUAUUAUCGAUAGAACACUUUUUGAAAAGAUUGGACCUAGUUCAUGCAACAAUUGAACAAGUAAAAAUCGACUUGAAGACGGGGAGGGUAAGUAGAAAUCUAAUGUCGAAGAGGAAUCUUGAAUUGGCAUGUAUCAACCGGGCUUAUAUUGGCAAGAAGAACAAGUACAUAUAUGCAGCUAUUGCAGACCCUUUGCCAAAGGCAAAAGGUGUGGUAAAAUUGGAUGUAUCCAUGCUAGAAAUUGAUCAACAACAUGAUUGCAUAGUGGCCACAAGAAUUUUUGGACCAAAUUGUUUCUGUAGUGAGCCCUUUUUUGUGCCAAAGGACCAUGACAAUGUAUUUGCAGUUGACGAAGACGAUGGCUAUGUGGUGUGUUAUAUGCAUAAUGAGAGCACAAGAGAAUCAAGUUUCAUGGUGAUGGAUGCCAAGACUCAUGAUCUUGAAAUUGUGGCUGUUGUGAAAUUGCCUCAUCGUGUGCCUUACGGUUUUCAUGGGAUAUUUGUGAAGGAAAGUGAUCUUAACAUGCUAUAGGAAAGUUGUCAAGUUUGGGUUGUUUAUAUCAAUUUUCACUAUUUAUGUGGAUUAUGUUCUUCACGCAGCAUUCAGAUAAAAUGACUAUGAAAUUACAUUAUACUUUCAUGUAUUAUGAAUAACGUACA